GGAAGCGCUGAUUGGUCAAAAGACAGCCGGAAGUGAAGAAGCGGAAUCACGAAGCAACACUGUACCGUUCACUUGCUUUACAUUUGUAGCUGUGCGACAUGGAGCCACCCAUGCUUCCCCGUGAGUCCGGGCGGUUCGUCGCAGAGUGGAGUCAGGAUGUGUUCGUGGAAGAGGAAGGAGUGCAGAAGGUGGCCGAGAUGCUCUACAACCUCCGACACGGUGACGAGCUGACCGCCAUUGGAUGGGAGAUGGCGAAUCCAUUGGCUCCAGCCCCCACCUCUGACCAGGCCUUGAACUGGGUGUUUGUUGUGGACACCAUGAACUUCUCUUUUUGGCCAGAAAAGGAAAGUGAACAGUGUGAGGUCACCUUUAACGGGACCACGUACACCGGCUACAUGACCCUGUGUGCUGCCAUCGCCAGAGCCAUGGAGGAAGGUGUCCCCAUCACUGACCCAAAGUUCUUCUCUCAGAUGAGUGUGGAGGAGUUGGGACACGUCCUGAGAUCAGACAAUAAAACCCCCAUGCCCAUGCUUCAGGAGCGACACCAGGUGCUGACCGAAGGGGGGCGUGUUCUUCUGGAAAACGGCGGAAGUUUCCGGAGUUUCAUCAGCAAAGCCGCGAACGACGCCCGGAAGAUGGUGGAGCUCAUUGUGGAGAAGAUCCCGUCCUACAGGGACGAGGCCACGUAUGAGGGGAGGAGAAUCUCCUUCUACAAGCGGGCUCAGAUCCUGGUGGCAGAUUUCUGGGGCGUCAUGGCGGCCCGAGGAGAGGGAGACAUCGUCAGCAUGGACUGGCUCACCAUGUUUGCAGACUACAGGGUCCCUCAGGCGCUCGUCUACCUCGGAGCUCUGCGAUACUCUGAUGCACUGCUGCAGACGCUGAAGAAUGGGGAGCUGCUGAGUUCAGGGGACAGGAGAGAGGUGGAGAUCCGGGGUUGUUCGAUCUGGUCCGUGGAGCUGAUCAGAGAGCGUCUGUGUCAGCUGAUGCAGGAGAGAGACGGACAGACCUGCAGCGUCAACUCAGCGAUCAUUGACUUCUACCUCUGGCCGUACGCCAAGCAGCACCACAAAGAGAUGGCCCACAUUCCCAUCCACCACACACGCUGUGUUUACUACUGAAGAGCGGGCUGGCAGCAGCUCUUACAGUAGGAGGCACUUCUCAGUGUGCGCCGCCUCUCUCGGGGAUAAAACCAAGCAUGCCUCCGUGCCAGAUUUAUUUCAAAAAAGGUGUUGAGCUUUCAUGUCGCUCGAUGGUUUGCCUUUUGAAGUCAAUUAAAAUGUUUCCAGUUCAGCUGGAGCACAAGUGAUUGUUUACUGUAUCUGAUAAAAACAAUGACAGACAAGUUGAGCCUUACAGAGGAGAUGUGAUCUUCUGAACUGUGAUUUAUUAAUGCUGAAAAUAAACUAUUUUUUGUAAGAUU